AUACCAAUCAUAUACCCAUAUAAGUAAGAUCUCGAUUUAUCCCGAAACUUAUUUUAACUACCUCCCAUUAGUCCCACUGCCUAUCUUAAUCCUCCCUGUCUAUUAACCUUAACGGCCUUCAAGUGAGUUGAAACUCACUACCUAUCGAGUCGCCAGCCAUGGUAUCUCGUCCACUUAUCAAGGCGUCAUCUAAGCAUGCCGAGCCUAACUCGCCAGCAAAAGAUAGCGCGGACGAAGAAAAGCGACUGGCGGAUAAGUUCGCGGCACAUAGACAUCUAGUCCCGUUAGUCUCUCAAAAUGACGACGUCAUAUUUCUCAACGCGGCCUCUGCGCCGCCGUCGAACUUGAUCGUCCACGAGGCCAUCAUGCGAUACUCGGCACAGGCCUUGUAUGACUCUUACCCAUAUACUAGUUGGCGCGAGACGCGCGAAGAAGCGCGCAGUCUAGUCGCUCGGUGCAUUAACGCCGAAGACCCGUCCACCAUCGCCUUCACGCGCGACACCACCGAGGCCCUCGGCAGCUUCAUCCGCUGCGUGCGCUUCCAACCCGGCGAUAACGUCGUCACCAUCGACUCCGAACACCCGAACCAGACGCUAUGCUGGCUCGCCCUGCGCGAGUUCGGGCUCGAAGUCCGGCAGGUCCCCACUAUUCCCGAGGCGGAGCGCACGGGCCAGAUGGAUAUCGUCGAUGCGGAGACUUUGCGGCCGUAUGUGGAUUCCCGGACUCGCGCUAUCGGGAUUAGUUCGAUUACGUUUGAUGGCGGACAGCACAACGACGUCAAGAGCAUCUGCGCGGCGUACAGGCCCCGCGGGAUCCACGUCCUGGCGGAUAUAACGCAGCACGUGGGGUUUGCGCGCAUCGACGUCCGGGACCUGGGGGUGUCGGCUGCGGCGUUUAGUCUGCAUAAGGGGCUCAAUGCGCCGACGGGGAUUGGCGCCUUGUACGUUUCGCCCGAGUCUUUCCGGGAGCUGGGCGAGCCGACGCCGCCGAUUGUUAGUAUGGAGGCUGUGGAGAACUUGAACGAGAGUCUGGUUGUUAAGGUGGAUGAGCCGUUGGAGUUGCAUCCGAAUGCGCGCCGGUUCGAACAUGCCAAUAUGAGCCUGGUGGGCGUUGCUGCGGCGGCGGCGUUUGCGCGGUUUUAUCUGGAUGUUUUGGGGCCGGGGGACGUCGAGGCGCAUUUGCUUGGGUUGACGGAUGUGCUGGGGAGGGAGUGUGAUCGGUUGGGUAUACGCGUGGUGAGUCCGAGGGAAAGGGGGAGACGCGCGCCGCAUAUUACUAUUUUGGCGCUGCCGAAGGAGUGGGGGGCGUAUUUUAGGGGUCCAGGGGGUGCGCGCGUUACGAUGAAUAGGUUGGGUGCGAGGGUGUCGUUUGGGUUCUAUAGCUCGGUGGAGGAUGUGAGGAGGUUUGUGAGGGUGUUGGAGUUGGGGAUAGCUCAGGGGUUGCGGGUGUGAGGAUUGAGUGAACGGUUCUUUUGUCUAGGGGUUGUUGCAUCAGGCACUGGCUUGUAUUUGCGAAUGGAUUUAUACAUAUUAUUAACGUGUUAGAAUUGGAUAGGUACCUAGGAUUACAAGAUAAGUCUCGAGUUAUAAGAUUAGGAACUCGCUAGGUGUUGUCGAAAUGAGUGGUCAAGGGACUACUUUCAGGUACAGUACAUGGUAUCUUAGCAUAGAAUGUAUAUAAGAAGGACCUCCCUCCUCACUCAUACAGUUGGUAGAUUAAGUCAAUAUACAACUACAGCUCAUAUA